AGAAUUUUUUGUUACAUUUUUAUCAGUGUCACUUUUUACUUUGUGGAUAAACUGAAAUGAUAAUUUGUAAAUGGUUUUGAAGGUACUUAACUAAUAUUAAAUUAUUUACAUGAGUAAAAACUUCUAUUUAAAAAUUUUAUAAAAGCGAGAGUCAUUCAACUCACUUUAAUAGUGCAAAGUAUUAUGAAUCUUGUCAUUUUAACCCUUUUAAAAUAAAUUAAAUAAAAUGUCAAGGAUCAAUAAAAGAUAUACAUAUUGCAUGCUAUAUCAUACGGUAGUAACAUUCCCGUUGAGACAGUUGUAAUCAGAUAAUUUAAAUUAAAAUGGAAGGGCACGUCGAAAUACGGGUUUGUACCAACGAAUUCCUACAUUAUAAUAACACUUAACCUCUUAACUAUGACAGGAAAACAGGAAAAACCACUUUUUAAAAGUGUGAGAAACUAUUUUAAGGAAUACUGUAGAAGUACAAGUAUUCAUGGCUUUCAGUAUUUUGGGGAAAAUAGAUCAUACUUUGAAAGGACAUGGUGGUUUAUUGUUUUUACCCUAACACUGUCAUCGUGCAUUUACGCUAUCUCACAAGUUUACGAUAAAUGGAUUAGAAGUCCAGUAAUAGUAACAUUCGCCACUCAAGAAACUCCUAUUUAUUCCAUACCAUUCCCAGCGGUAACCAUCUGCCCAGAAUCAAAAUCUAAUCCCAACGAAUAUCGACAUAUAGAAAUGGUUCAGAAAUUUGCAAACAAUAAAUCCCUUACGGCAAAGGAGAAGACCCUUUUAAAGUAUAUGAGCUUGGUAUGUGACGACAGUGGCUUCAUCCAACUUCCAGAUUCGGAUUAUAUUGACGAAAAUAUUUAUUCUGCUUUGAGUUCAUUCAAUAGUCAAUAUCCGUUAUUUUCUUGUAAUUAUAUGGGUAGAAAAUAUGAAUGUAAAGAUAUAUUUGUCCCAAUUGUUACGGAUGAAGGCAUAUGCUACUCGUUUAAUAUUCUCGAUAGAUCGGAAAUUUAUAAGGACAUAGUGCAAUACAAUUUGGAUUUUCAUAAAACAUCACAAUAUAGUCAUAAUCAGUGGAACAUCGAAAAAGGAUACACAGAAGAUGCUGGAUUGGAUGCAUAUCCCAAACGAGCGCUGUUAUCUGGGUAUCAAAUGCUUUGACUGUUAGAUUUGUAACAUUAUCUUUUGAAGUGGAUAAAUCUUGUAAAAGUGGAUUUCAAGGAUUUAAAGUAUCACUACAUCUUCCCUCAAGAGUACCACAGCCUAGUCAGGAAUAUUUUCGUAUACCUGAUAAUCAAGCAGUAAUGGCAGCAGUCUCCCCGAUCAUGAUAAAAACUUCCAAUUCAUUGACUAAUUAUGACGUGAAAAAGCGCAAAUGUUAUUUCUCAUAUGAACGAAAUCUUAAAUAUUUUAGAGUCUAUACGUUACUAAAUUGCAAAAUGGAGUGCCUUACUAAUUUUACUUUGCAAUAUUGCGGAUGCGUUGGAUUCUAUAUGCCACGUGAAAACUCAACGAAAAUAUGUGGUUGGGCUAAACAGAUGUGUAUGAAAGAAGCUGAAUCAAAACUACAACUUUUGAGUCUACGUAAAAAACUGGAUUGUAAUUGUUUGCCUAUGUGCUCUGAUCUGUCAUAUAAUACUGAGUCUUCACAAUGCGAAUGGGACUGGGUAUCAGCUUUAUUUGCCCCUAUGGAAAAUAGCUCGGAUACAUUCACAUUGGAUCAAUCUCUUAUGGCAUCAUCAAAGUUAGUCGUAUUUUUUAAAAGAUCGGAUUUCAUAUUUUCCGAAAGAAACGAACUGUAUGGACCGCUAGAUUUCCUGGCUAAUUUUGGAGGAUUAUUAGGUCUUUUCACAGGAUUCUCCCUUCUUUCUUUGAUGGAAAUUGUUUACUUCCUGUCACUCAGAAUAAUAUUUAAUAGAAGAAUGUAUGGAUAUUGGGCAGGCAAAGAUAACUAAUUAAAAUUAAGAUUUAAAGAUAAAUACAAGUUUAAUAUAUUUAUUUUAAUAUGUACAUUUUGCUUAUUUUUUAGUCACCUAAUUUCUUAAAUUGUUUUAUUUUAAUAAAAGUAUCUAUUU